GUGUUUGACAGUUUAAUUAUAGUCUGGUUUAUUUUACUUGGAUUUAUUAUAAUAAUGGGCAGAGCGCACAAUGUCUACACACACCAGAGUAUCCCUUUCCAACCGAGUUAGAAUGAACGUGAGUUUCGACUUUACAAAAUUCUAGGUAAAUAUGUAAACAACUUUAGCGGACGCAACCGGCAUCGAUCUAUCGUGACACUAUCUAAGAAUGAAACAAAAAAUAGUUUUGCACUUUGCGCACACGUUUCGUCCUACCAGUUCGUUGAAACCCGCAUGAGGGAUGGCUGCGUCUUUUAAUCCCGGCGCCUCUGCACGGGCUCGAAUUACGGAUGAUGCAAUAUUUGAACAAUUGAUGGAUGGAAAUCUAUCGGAGAUUGAAGAUUUUAGCGACAAUGACUUGGAUUUUGAACUAAAUAAUCUGUUUGAUCAAUUGGAUUGCGAAGAUCUCUGCGAUGGUGAUAUUCCUAAUGAAGAUGAAGAAAUCAGUCAUCAAUUAUCACCAUUGAUAUGUUCACGUGUGAUACAGCCUCCGUCUACAUCGAUGCCGCAACCUUCUGCUUCAAUGACGCAACAUCCUUCUCCAACAACGACUCAAUCUCAAGCAGCAGUACAAGCAGUGAGAUCGCGAAGCUUAUUGCAAUACAAAUUAUCAUGGGAUGUGUUCCUUAUCCUCGACUGCCUAUGUAUUGGAGGGUUGGUACUAGGUUGGAAAUUAUCGGCGGUUUAAUGUCACGGGACAGGUUUUUUACCCUUCGUAAUGCACUACACGUAGUUGAUUCAGAUUCACCACCUCCAACUGAAAUUGUUAAUCCACUAUGGAAGGUUCAACCCAUGAUCGAUCAAAUUAAACGUGCGUGUAAUAAAUUAGAAAGGGUGCCGGGAUUCUACUCUAUUGAUGAGCAGAUGAUACCAUUUACAGGCCGCUGUCAACUACGUCAGGUAGUGAAAAACAAACCUAGGCCUGUAGGGUUUAAAAACUUCGUCCUCACGACUAGUGAGGGAUUGAUGUUGGAUUUCGACAUAUACAGAGGUGCAAGGACGAUGUUUGGUGAUACGAAUCUUGGCCUUGGUCCUUCGGUAAUCCUACAUUUAUCUAAAAGUAUUCCUCCUGGUAGCUGUGUGAAUCACGAUAGAUAUUUCACCACAGUACCUUUAAUUGAAGAAAUGAACAAGUUAAAUCUGCAUUCUACCGGGACAAUAAUGUUAAAUCGUAUCCCUGACCGAGCUACAAUAAAAUUUAAAACGGACGUUCAAAUGACUCGUGGAGAAAGCCAACAAUUUGUUUGUGAACCUACUACAAUCGUAAAGUGGAAAGAUAAUAAAUCCGUGUUACUCGCAUCAAACUGUACUGGGUCCGGUGCAACUACUCUCGUAAAAAGGUGGGAUAAAGCUAUGAAACGGUACGUCGACGUAACUGCUCCAAAUAUAGUAAGAAAUUAUAACCAACACAUGGGAGGAGUAGAUGUACUGGAUCAACAAAUGGAGUAUUAUCGAACAUUUAUUUAAACCAAAAAAUGGACCCUAAAAUUAUUGACGCAUUUUUUUGACCUCGCGCUGGUAAACUCUUGGAGGCUGUAUAGAAUCGACUGCAACAGUAAUAAUUAUGCAAGGAAAGACACUAAGCCUUUACUGGAUUUUCGCUUGAAUGUGGCGGAUGCUUUAUCUUCUACACCAAGUAGAGCUCGAAGGCAUAGUGAAGAUGAAGAUGAAGAUCAGUCUGCAGCUCCGCGUCGAAAAUAUAAAAUAUAUAGACCAGCCAACAGACCGUCGGCAGAGAAACGAUAUGAUGGAUAUGAGCAUUUUCCAACCAGCGACGACAUAAAAGCGCCAAGGACCUGUAGGUUGGAAACUUGCAGCAGUCGUUCAAAAAUUAGGUGUGAAUAAUGCGACGUCUAUUUAUGUUUAUCUCGUGAUAAAAAUUGUUUUAAAGUAUAUCAUUUGUGUACACAAUAAUUAUGUUGAUCUCAUUGAUUAUAGUGACUAAAAAUUAAGAUUUUGUUGAUUAUGUAGAGGUAGAAGUAAUAUACAUAGU